CGAUGGCGCUGGACGCGGCGCCCGGGUCCCGCCUGGCCCCCGAGAUGAGCCGGCCCUGGCGCGCCCGGUUCCUCGCGCUCCUCUUCCUGCUGGCGCAGCUGCCUCCGCCAGGCGACGGCAACGAGGGCAGCGCCAUCGGGACUUGUUACUGCCACAAAGCGAUUCCUUCCGGCCCCCCUCCAAUGGCGGAGUUCAUGGCACAUCUCCGAAGACACCUGAGAGCCUACGAUCGCUGUAAUUCCUACGUCAGGUUCCAGCUACACUCCCGGAGUGUGUGUGGGGGCAGCAAAGAUUCGUGGGUUCAACAGUUGAUGAGCUGCUUUGAUCGCAAAGAAUGUGGAUACGCUAACUCUGGCAGUGCGGCCCCCCAGGAGCAUUUACCUCCUCCCAGCACCCAGGUUCCUGAGCCCACACAAAGGGCACCUUCAGACACGGGCUCCCCUGCUCAGACGUACCCGCCACCCGCCUCGCAGUCUACUGCGCAGCCCACGCUUCCAGCCGGGGCACGGUCCUUGGACAAAAAUCUCACCCGUGCCAAUGAAAUCGCUACAUCCACCGAGGGCCGCAGUCUGGCGGCUGGGCCUGAGGCUGGGGAAAGUCAGAAACAGCUGGAAGAAAAAGUGGGGCCUUCAGCGGGGACCUCAGCCAUGGUGCCCGUGCUGUCCCUCCUGGCCAUCAUCUUCAUUCUCACCACCGUCCUCCUGUACGUGCUGUGCAAGAGGAUGGCCCAUUCGCUGCCGCAGUCUCCAGAUUUGCAGCUUCCUUACAUACCCGUAGCAUCAGACUCCAAAGCCUGAGCUGAGAGUGGAAACCCGUAAGGGUAGACGCUGAGAUUUAUUCCCCCAUAUGCCUGUAAUUAACAUAUGCGAAUAAUCUCUAGCACCUAAUUGGCACUCCAUAGCUAUUUGAUGUUUAAUAUACAAACACCCGGCCACUGGCCUCUUGUAAACCCUUCCUGGGUUUUUUUCCUAUGCUAUAAUGUGAAAUCUACCUUUUACUGUAAUACCCUAGACAAAUUAUGUGUUUAAUUACUAAAGAUUAUUUUUAUAAUUAUUGACUCUUCUUUCUGCAGACAUUGGCCUCAUGCCCUUGCCCCCUUACCAUGGUUCCUGGCUUCAGCCCCUCCGCUCAGGGUCCCACCGCCCCCUUGUCCCACCCAGUCUGUCUUCACACACCGGCUGUUCCUCCCCCGACUCCCCACUGCAGGCCUGGGCCCUCCCCCUCUUCCUCCCUCCUCAGUAGGCACCAUGCAGUUUGGUUUUAUUUCCUCAAUCCCCGUAUCACCCACAUAUGUUCCAGUGAGAGUCUGAGCUCCUUGUUUUCAUUGCUGUUGUUUUUAUUAUUAAAACCCCUAGUUCUUCUUUUAUCUCUUUCAA